CCGUUCAUCCUCGGCCCCGGCAGUACCAGACGCAGCAGCAACCCCCGCAGCGGCGGCAGUCCCAGCGCUAGGAGGCCAAGGCCAAGGCCAGGCUGUGAGCGGUUCCCGGAGCAAUAGCCGCGCUCCGGCGCCUGCGGGGGCGCAGCUUCCUUCGGCUGGGGCUUCGCAUCGGUGGCCGCAGGGCCUCUCCUGCGCGUCCAGGGUCACUCGGCGGCCUUCGUCCUCUUCUCCGCCCCCGGAUCCGUUUCCUUCUCGCUCCCUUCAGCUGCCCUCCGCGCCGCCGCCUCUGCUGUUCCUCCGGCGGUCCGGCCCGCCCGCCCCGCGUCCCCUCCGGCCGGUGCCUCUUCCCCCGGCGGGCUGCCUGCAUGUCUUUGCUGCCCUCAGCCCCGCCGCCACCACCGCCGCCGCCUCCCCCGCCGCCGCAGCACCAGCAGCAGUCGCCCCGCCGCCGUCGCCGCCGCCGCCGCCCGGAACCCGGCGCGCUGAAUGCAGACUAAUAGGGAUGCCAAAGGAAAAAUAUGAUCCUCCAGAUCCUCGCAGAAUUUAUACCAUCAUGUCAGCAGAGGAGGUAGCCAAUGGGAAAAAAUCUCACUGGGCAGAAUUAGAAAUCUCGGGUAGAGUGCGGAGCUUAAGUACAUCACUUUGGUCAUUGACACACUUGACAGCGCUGCACCUAAAUGACAAUUACCUUAGUCGCAUUCCACCUGAUAUUGCCAAGCUUCAUAAUCUGGUUUACCUGGAUCUGUCAUCCAAUAAACUCAGAAGUUUACCAGCAGAACUAGGAAACAUGGUGUCUCUCAGGGAAUUGCUUUUAAAUGACAAUAUGUUACGGGUUUUGCCUUAUGAACUUGGUCGGCUCUUCCAGCUACAAACUCUAGGUUUGAAAGGCAAUCCUUUAUCACAGGAUAUUCUCAACUUAUACCAGGACCCAGAUGGAACCCGAAAGCUACUGAACUUCAUGCUUGACAAUCUUGCAGUUCAUCCAGAGCAGCUUCCUCCAAGGCCAUGGAUUACAUUAAAGGAACGAGACCAAAUUCUGCCAUCAGCAUCAUUCACGGUUAUGUGUUACAAUGUGUUAUGUGAUAAAUACGCCACCCGGCAGCUAUAUGGCUAUUGCCCAUCCUGGGCAUUAAACUGGGAAUACAGGAAAAAGGGAAUUAUGGAAGAAAUUGUUAACUGUGAUGCAGAUAUCAUUAGUCUUCAGGAAGUGGAAACAGAGCAAUACUUCACUCUCUUUCUGCCGGCAUUGAAGGAUCGUGGAUAUGAUGGAUUUUUUUCUCCAAAGUCACGUGCCAAAAUCAUGUCUGAGCAGGAGAGAAAGCAUGUGGACGGUUGUGCAAUAUUCUUCAAAACAGAAAAAUUUACAUUGGUACAGAAGCAUACAGUGGAAUUUAACCAAGUGGCAAUGGCUAAUUCAGACGGAUCCGAAGCUAUGCUGAACAGAGUGAUGACAAAAGAUAACAUUGGUGUCGCUGUGGUAUUAGAGGUCCACAAAGAACUAUUUGGAGCAGGUAUGAAGCCUAUUCAUGCUGCAGACAAACAGCUGCUUAUAGUGGCAAAUGCCCACAUGCAUUGGGACCCAGAGUAUUCUGAUGUGAAACUCAUCCAGACCAUGAUGUUUGUCUCAGAGGUUAAAAACAUUCUGGAGAAAGCCUCUAGUAGGCCUGGCAGCCCAACUGCAGAUCCUAAUUCCAUCCCGCUGGUGCUAUGUGCAGAUCUUAACUCAUUGCCAGAUUCAGGUGUUGUGGAAUAUUUAAGCAAUGGAGGAGUAGCUGACAACCAUAAAGACUUCAAGGAACUAAGGUACAAUGAGUGUCUUAUGAACUUCAGCUGCAAUGGAAAGAAUGGAAGCUCAGAAGGGAGAAUUACACAUGGCUUCCAACUUAAGAGCGCUUAUGAAAAUAACUUGAUGCCUUACACCAAUUACACCUUUGAUUUCAAAGGCGUGAUUGACUACAUUUUCUAUUCCAAGACUCAUAUGAACGUGCUUGGUGUCCUGGGGCCUUUAGAUCCUCAAUGGCUGGUUGAGAACAACAUCACUGGGUGUCCACAUCCUCACAUCCCUUCAGACCACUUCUCACUGUUAACACAACUUGAACUCCACCCUCCGCUCCUGCCUCUUGUCAAUGGUGUUCACUUGCCUAAUCGGAGGUAGUGGAGUACUGCCCCGUCAAGACGGGGAUCAGUUGCUAUGGACCUGUACAGUUGUAAAUCAAAGUAUGUAGGAGUGAAGUAUGGCUUUUAAGCUGCUUCUUCAGGUUCCUUUCAUUAUGUGUUUGCUAUAAGACUUUGUAUAUUUUUGUGCAUAUUGAUAUCAUUUGGCACUAGGGCUGGAACCAAAGUAUUACUCUUUUCAAAGUUUUAGUUUAACAUGUUUUUAAAUUGGACCUUCUUCAUAUUACAUUAGGAGUCAGCAUUGAUAAUUGAUAAAUCACCAAUUUGAGGCCCAACAACAGUGUAUUUGUUUUUGCAAAACAGAUACUUUCUUUUGAACAGUUUCAAAUAAGCCAACCAUUUUUGUAAAAGGCAGUUUUUAAAAACUAUAUAUAUAAGAUUUUAAAGUGAGUGAUGGCAUGUCUUUGCAGGGAAAACUUUCUUGAAUUUCUGUUUUCCUUUAUGACAAACUGACUUUUGGCUCCCCAAGUCAUUUGCACAUUAACAAAGCACUUAAAUUUGCUUGAUCUGUACGUAAACUAUAAUAUAGUAUCUAGCCAUAAUAAGAAAAUUUGAGAAAUUAAAGAUGGUUGCACAAUAUGUUUUCAAAAUCAAAUAUUUAACAGCACAUGAGUUUGUUUGCCAAACAGUGGUUAUUUUUGUUUUUUGUUUUUUUGAGGACUCACUCUGUUUUUUUGUCCCCUUCUUAGUUGUAACUUUAUUAGAAGUUUUAAUUCUAAGCCUGUCUCUCCAAUUUUCUUAAAAGGAAAACAGCAGCUAAAUUAUACUGCCACAUAUUUUGAAAAUAGAAUUUGGUAUGUUGAGGAUGACCACAAAAUUAGUGUCUAGUGUUUUUCAUUGUUGCUAUCCAUGCUUCUUUUCUGUCUGGUUGUGCUGGAAAAACAGAUAUUAUAUGAUCUUUAUCAUUUUUGCUGUUACAGUCAAACAUUUAAAAAAAAAACCAAUAAAAAGACACUGAUCAAAGUUUCAGAAGGGGAAAGCCAUACACACAUUUCAUGUGUUUUCCAAAGUAGGUUAAGUCGCUGUUUGUUUUGGUUUUUUUGAGGUGACAAUGGAAUGGAUUUUGAGGGGGGAGAGAACAAAUUUGGGGCAGUAGUUAAAAACUGUGGAUCAUUUUUCCUGACUCUAGCUGCCAAAUGGCCACCAUAUGCUUUUAAUCUUUGUUACCAUUUUCUGUCAGGGUAGAAUUAAGAAGCUGCCAGUUUUGUUCCCAACUGUUGGAUGCCUUUAGAUAUGUUGGAAUCAUUUUUUAUUAUUAUUUUUUUGCCCAAGAGGGGCCAGGUGAAAAUCUGUGACUCAAGAGGCAGUGAACAUAAUAUCAUUUUCUGGGGGAAAAAAUUGGUCGGCUACUUGAUGUUAAUUAUGGCACAGUAACAGGAAAAGGUUGUGUCUGUGUUUUUAAGUUUUUCUUUAUUCUGCUUUUUUGCUGCUAUAAGAGUUUUCUGAAAUUUAUAUUUUAAACUUUUCAUGCACUUUACUGU